AUGAACCCACUGAGCCUUCUUGCAUCUGCGGUGAUUAACAUUAGCUUGGCUGUCAUUGUUCUUUCACUCUUUUCCAUCUACAAGAAACAGCCCUCAAAUGCUUCCAUAUACUACGCUCGUCGUCUCUCUCAAAACCACCAUAUUUCCUUUGAUCAUUCUUUCACCAUAUCCAGAUUUCUCCCCUCGCUUUCUUGGAUCCCUCUCGCUGCACGUGUCACCGAAGACGAAAUCCUUCAAUCCAGUGGUCUCGAUGCGCUCAUCGUCAUCAGACUCCUUAAAUUUGGUACCAAUUUCUUUUCAGUUUGCUCUCUCGUUGGGUUGGUGGUACUUCUUCCAGUUAAUUUCCACGGCCAGGAUGAGCCAUGGAGCUUUAAUUCCAUGGAUUCUUUUACAAUAUCUAACAUCAGUAAAGGUUCCAACUGUAUUUUUUUUCUUUUUCAUGUUUUAUUUCAUAGGCUUUGGAUGCAUUUUACAUGCCUGUGGUUUAUAUCUUUCUAUGGAUUAUACCUAUUGUAUAAGGAGUAUAACGAGAUUCUGAUUAAAAGGAUCCAACAGCUACGAAACAUCAGGCAUCGGCCUGAUCAGUUCACUAUUCUAGUUCGGCAAAUUCCCCUCUGCAUUGAACACCAGAUUCGCGGGUGUUCUGUUGAUCACUUCUUCUCUAAGCAUUAUCCAAACAGUUAUUAUUCUUGUCAAAUGUUAUAUGAGGGAAAAGCUCUUCAAGAUUUGUUGAACCAGGCAAAACAUAUUGCAAGGAAGAUAGAAGAAUUAAGAAAGCAGUGCUCAUCAAUCAAGAAGCAUAGCAGCGAACACUUACUCUUGGGUACAUCUCGAGAAAAUAACACAAAAAUAGCCAUGCAUGAGGAAAAGCUCCUAGAACUUACUCAUAAGAUUCGUCAAUUGCAAGAUGAAAAUAUGCUGAAGGAUAAGGAGUUGCCAAUUGCCUUCGUCACAUUCAAGUCUCGGUGGGGUGCUGCACUAGCUGCCCAAUCUCAGCAACAUUCUAACCCACUUCAGUGGAUCACAGAAAGGGCUCCACAACCAAGGGAUAUAUACUGGAGGAAUCUGGCAAUUUCAUUUAAAUUUUUGCCAAUUUACAAAAUUGGAGUUAUUCUUGCAGCAUCACUUCUUACAAUUUUCUUCACUAUUCCAGUCACAGCUGUUCAAGGAAUUGCCAAAUUUGAGAAGUUAAAGAAAUGGUUCCCUCCAGCCAUGGCCAUACAGUUGAUACCUGGAUUAAGCUCUAUUGUGAUGGGUUAUCUUCCAAGUGUCAUUCUUAAUGGAUUUAUAUACGUUGUUCCCUUCGCAAUGUUUGGCAUUGCUAAAGUUGGUGGUUCUAUAUCAAGGAGCAAGGUGGAGAUCAAAACUUGCAACAUGGUUUUCUAUUUUUUAGUGGGAAAUGUAUUCUUUUUGAGCUUGAUAUCAGGGUCCUUACUGGAGGAAAUUGGAGAAUCUUUCAGGCAUCCUAAAAACUUUCCGAGUCAUCUUGCUCGUGCAGUCUCCGCUCAAGCAGAUUUCUUUAUGACAUACAUCUUAGCAGAUGGGCUGUCAGGAUUCUCUUUGGAGGCUCUUCAGGCUGGAAUGCUGUUGUUGGACUUUAUAAAAUCGCAUACUUUUGGCCGAGGAAAGGAGAAAAAUCCAUAUCUUUAUCCACUACCCUACUUUAGAGUUAUCCCUUUAGUCUCCCUAUCAAUUCUGAUCGGCCUUGUAUACGCAUUGGUUGCUCCAUUGCUGCUUCCUUUUCUUCUUGGCUACUUCAUGCUGGGCUACGUCGUGUACAUCAACCAGAUUCAAGAUGUAUAUGAAACUAUAUAUGAUACGUGUGGACAGUAUUGGCCGUACAUUCAUCAUUAUAUAUUUGUUGGAUUCAUUCUCAUGCAAAUCACCAUGAUUGGCCUUUUCGGACUAAAGUCGAAACCAGCUGCUUCCAUAGCAACAAUUCCUCUCUUGAUCCUCACUAUAAUGUUCAAUGAAUACUGCAAGAACCGUUUCCUUCCUACGUUCCGGCUUUACUCCAUCCAGAAUGCUGUGCAGAAUGAUGAAAUGGAUGAGAAGAAUGGUGAGAUGGAAGUGAAUUACAAAAGAGCAAGCAAUGCAUACUGCCAGCCUUCUCUAAGGCCUAUCAAUAACAUUACAUCCGAGUCAAGCUUACGACAGCCCUUAGCUUCUUCAGUAUGAUUAUGAUCUCAUAGAGAUUGAUUUUGUGUGGUAUUAAAAUGUGAGAGAAUUCGAUUGGUUCUGUCAAUUACAGAAGA